AUGGCACCAAAAUCAAAGCUGCCGUUCGAUCGCGAGCUGGAGUCCCUUCUUCCAGACUAUGAUGAGUUAAUCCGAAGUGGACAGACGCCAGUCCAAGUCCAUGACAUCCUGCUUCCGGACGUCACUCAUGAAGAACACACUUUCCUCGGUACCGACAAAAACCAGCUGAUCAUGUCAAUCUUCCGCAAAAAAGGUCUACCAGACACUGGACCACAAAAACGACCUACCAUCUACCAUAUCCAUGGUGGAGGAAUGAUCAUGGGUAACCGCUUCUGCAACCUAAGCGGCCUGCUUGAAUUCGUUCGCGACUACGAUGCGAUUUGCACCACGAUUGAGUAUCGGCUUGCGCCCAAUCAUCCCUACCCUGCACCGAUCGAAGAUUGCUACGCUGGCCUGGUGUGGGUACAAGCGCACGCAGAAGAACUCGGAAUUGACCCAGCCCGCAUUGUAAUCAACGGACUCUCAGCCGGAGGUGGGCUGGCAGCAGGUGUGGCUCUACUAUGUCGCGACCGAAAAGGCCCUCUAUUGAUUGGGCAAUCGCUCUUCUCGCCUAUGAUUGAUGAACAUAAUAAUUCAGAUUCUGCGCAUGAGUUCACUGGCAUUGGUAUCUGGGAUCGCAACGCGAAUAUGACAGGUUGGAAUGCGUAUCUAGGUGACCGCAGAGGAACUGGCAACGUCAGUAUGUAUGCAGCGCCUAUCAGAGCAAAGGAUCUGGCUGGGCUUCCGCCGGCGUAUAUUGAUGUUGGAUCAACGGAGACAUUCCGCGAUGAGGAUGUGCAGUAUGCGCAGAAUAUGUGGCGAGACGGAACACAGUGUGAGCUACAUGUUUGGCCGGGUGCUUAUCAUGGAUUUGAGGGGCUGAACCCGGGGGCCCAGUUGUCUAUCAUGGCGAGGAAAGCGAGGUCGGAUUGGCUGCGGCGGGUCCUGUUCUGUUAA